AUGGAUCAAAUGCUACCAAGUCCGUACAAUAUACCUGGUAUAGGUACGCCUUUACAUCAACCUGAAGAGGACCAACAGAUUUUGCCAAAUGCUAUGCAACAGCAACACCAACAUCAACAACAACAACAACAACAUUCCUUGGCUACGAUGUCCUCUCCACUAGUUGGCUUCGGACUAGGUACUCCUCAGCGUUCGGUUCAUGCCUAUGCUCCUGCCCCCAGCUAUGCAACCCCUCAACAGAUGAUGCAGCCGCAGACCCCACAAAACUUGAUGUCACCAAUGAUUACGAGUGGAAGCAUUGCCGGUCAGCAGAUGCUCAGUCAAGCUAGUCCAGCACCAUUAACUCCUAUGACUCCACACUCAGCUGACCCUGGCAUUCUCCCACAAUUGCAAAAUAUUGUCUCUACGGUGAACCUUAAUUGUAAAUUAGAUUUAAAGAAAAUCGCUCUACAUGCAAGAAAUGCGGAAUAUAAUCCAAAGAGAUUUGCUGCCGUUAUAAUGAGAAUAAGAGAACCUAGGACAACUGCUCUAAUAUUCUCCUCAGGAAAAAUGGUGUGCACUGGUGCUAAGAGUGAAGAAGACUCUCGCUUAGCAGCAAGAAAAUAUGCUAGGAUUAUACAGAAACUUGGAUUUACAGCUAAGUUUUUAGACUUUAAGAUACAAAAUAUGGUUGGAAGCUGUGAUGUAAAAUUCCCAAUUCGACUUGAAGGCCUAGUACUCACACAUGGACAGUUUAGUUCUUAUGAACCUGAAUUAUUCCCUGGGCUUAUAUACAGAAUGGUAAAACCUAGAAUAGUAUUAUUAAUUUUUGUCUCAGGAAAAGUUGUCCUGACUGGUGCUAAAUUAAAUAACAGAGAUGAAGAUUAUGCCAAAGAUGAAGGUCAUAAGCAUUUUUCUAAGGGCUCGGGCAGCGUGCAAGCGAUGACGCGGGACUCUUCGGUCGCGCCGACUUGCGAUUACCCUGUAAAAUCUCAUACAAAAAUUAAUAUCACAACUAAAUUGCAAAUUAUUCAAGCUCUUGAUAAUGGGCAAUGUAAAGCUGAUAUAGCAAGGGAAUAUGGAGUUGACUCACAAACAAUUAUUUAUAUUUACAAACAGAAAGACUUCAUCUCGAAGAAAUAUACACAGAAACAUAGUCUACUCAAAGAAGUCUGUAAUUUAAACCUGGAACAAAAGCUUUUGAAUUGGUUUGAGCAGGAAUUAAAAAUUGGGAAAAGUAUUACUGAAGAUGAACUACGUAAUAAAGCACUAGAAAUAUUGAAGCCAUUAAAUGAAGAAUUUACAUUUAUUAAUGAUUGGUUAUUAAGUUUUCAAAUGAGACACAAUAUAUCAAAAUAUAUGUCACACGAUGUGUGCAGCAACAUGAUCAAAGAAAACUGGACAAGAUUUCUUAAAAGUGCAGACACAAGGGACAUUUAUAUAGGAGGUGCUUGUGCUCUAUCUUACAGUCUAGACUACAACAGCUACUUGAAUAGCCAAAAUGUAGAUAGUUAUGUUUCAUUAUUGUUUGUUGUUAACACAGUGGGUAGUGACAUGCGGGAAGCUGCAGUUGUAGGCAGAGAACUUUUGGAGUUAGAGUCACAGGUGAAGAGCCUACCGGUUAAUUAUUACUAUUGUGUACAUUCACAAGUAAAUUAUUCUGUUAUUAUAAAAUAUUUAACAAAAUGGGAUAAUGAGUUAUCAAGUAAAGGGAAAAAUAUUUGGUUGGUAUUAGAUGUACCUGAAAGUUUAACACAGAGUUUAAAGUUUGAAAACAUUAUAAUAGUAAGGAGUGCAGAUCUGGAUUAUGUCAGAUUGAUUAUAGAAAAAAUAGUGGAGUGUUUUAAAUAUCAUUACAGAAGAUUACAAAUUAGCAGGACUUUGACUUAUGGUAAAGAUAAUUGCACAUUUCUCGAUUAUCUACACAUGAUAGGUAAUGCUUGGCACAGUGUACCACAGAAGUAUGUACAGAGUCUAUGUCUACCACCUGCAGAAGGAAAUCUUUAUUUCAAUGUCGAAGAUGACAAUGACAAUGAUCAUAGUAUAUUACAGUGGUGUAAACAAUAUAAUGUAUCUUUAAAUGUAGACAAAAAUCCCAGUUCCUUAGAUAAAUAUAUUUACUGUGACAAGAAAUUACCAUGUGUUUAUUGUGACCAGUUGGAUGAAAGUAUGCAAGCUAUAGAAGUACUAAGCCAGAAAGCUUGCCAGUCUACCUCUGGAAUGGAUGCCUUUCAAGCUAUGAAGCGCCUCCUUUCAUAUCUACAAGGUGAAGGUGCAGGAGACUCAAUUAUGAAGUAUGCCAAAUACUUAGAAAAUCAAAUGGAAUAUGGAGCCCUUCUGCAAAUGCACCAAAUUAUAACUAGUACAAAUGAUUCCAUGUAA